AUGGUUUGGAAAACAUUUUAUAGUCUAAAAUGGUCUAAAAAGUUAUCUACUCGAAUUCAAAACUUUCUCCAGAAGAGUUAUUUCGAUGUCAUGGACAACUUUUCAAAUUUAAUCUAUCGAAAUAUUUAUUGUGAAAGAAAACAAGAGAAAGAGCGAGGAAAGAAAUAUAAGGAAGAGAGCAUGAGAAAGGUUUCAGUUGAAGCUUUAAAUGCCAAGCUCACUUGGAACUUUUCGUUAAUAAAUUUUGACAAAUUUCUAUCAGAUAUUUUUUGCAGAAGGGCUGCCAACAUGCUGGUCAGAUGUUUGACGUUCCUGUGCAUCUUGGCGCAGGUUCAUUCCCUUAUUCUUUGGCAGCCUUUGAGAAAAUGUUCUCAAAAAUCAGUUUUUUUAGAGACUAUUAACGUUGGAAAUUGUGAAAAUUUAUCGUUUAUAAAUAGCAACUGGUCAGUGGCAGAUCUAAAGGGAGGAGCCAGGAGGACCAUGGCUCUGCCCGUUCUAUGUGGGGGUCCAGUGUGUAUUGGAAUUCUAAAAACCAACCCAUCAAUAAUCGUUGCAAAUGAAUUCGAUGAAAAUGUUCAUUAUGCGUGGAAAGUUAAUGAGAAUGGCUACCUUGUAUCCACUUUUGACGACAGAAAUCUUGGUAUUGAUAUCAUACCUUCUGAGGAUUGUUACCCGAUUGUUAAUCAUAAAUACGAAUUAAUUAGCAGUUGGAGAAACAGAAACUUCAUAGAUCAUUUUCAUUGUUUUGACCCUGAUCCUUCAAACCAAAAUAGUCUGUGUUUGACCAGUGGAGCGAAAAUCGAAUUCAAGCCUAAAACAGAUAACUCAAACCAGAACUGGCUCAUUAACGAAUACGGUUUCUUGGUGUCGAGCGCCACUGGCUUGGGAGUAGAUAUAAAUCAGCAGACUCGAUAUAGAUGCGCAGUGGAGGAUCAUCAUUACGAUGAAAACAGACCCUUUGGACAAUUUCCAAGACACGUCAGUGAUGUGUUCAUUCCCAGCCCUAGAUGCCCAAUCUAUCACGUCAAAGAACUUAAUUCAUUUGACCUAUUGCAAAACAAGGGAUAUCAUGGCCUUAUUGUGAGCAGUGUUUUCAAUAAAAAUAAGUUAGAAACUGUUUUUAGUAGGAGUUUACCGUUUUAA